AUAUGACCAAUAAAGAAACAUUUAUUUGAAAGAAAGGUGACCGACGGGUAACGGCAUCACAUCCUUCCUUCCAAUUCAAGAAACUCUCUUCCAUUUCCCGAGGGCUUCACACUAUACACUGUUGUUGGAGGAGAAAGAAAAAUGGCGUCCACAACAUCAUCAUCAUCAAUUCACAACCCGAAAUUGAAUCAUUGAGCUUAUCCCAUUCCAAAUUUCAUCACUGCACUUCCUCCGCUUCAACCACGAUGCCGUUCCGAUUAGGAGUUUCUCCACGCCCCACCCUCUCCUAUCACUUUCCCCAUCUCUACCACCACAACUUUCUCCUUCUCCCUCUCGAACGAGAGAUUGACAUUCGGCACGCGACAGGCACGAGGAGUCUCAGAAUUAGGGCUUCCGAUGGAGGAGAAUCGUAUCUUGGAAUGUGGAAGAAUGCGGUGGAGCGACAGAGGAAAGCUAUUGAGUUUCAGAAAGUUGUGGAGAAUACCGUGGGAAAUGAUGAUCGCAAUGCCGGUGAUCCAAGUUCUGAUCAGUUGGAGAAGAAAAGUGAGGAGUUUAGUAAGAUUCUUCAGGUCCCGCCCGAGGAGAGGGAUCGGAUUCAACGGAUGCAGGUCAUUCAUCGAGCUGCCGCCGCCAUUGCAGCUGCUCGUGCACUUGUCGGCGAGACUGGAACGCUAGCUGUUGGAGAUUCGGAUGCUUCUGUGAAUUUGAAUAGUACUAAUGACGGGGGGCUGCUCGAUCAUGAAGAAACAUUACCUGAAUUUCAAAGUGAGAACUCCCUGCUACCUGAGUCUGAAACUUCACGAUCUUGGACCCCUGGUCCAGAUUUCUGGUCUUGGACGCCCCCUCCUGAUAACGAUGAGAAUGGUAAUGCUUUUGGUGAGUUGCAACCGAUUGGAAAAUCACAGGCAUAUCCGAAGCUAUCCAAUUUUGUCGAGGAGAAAGAGCGACCUAUUGAUUUUCUCUCCAUUCCAUUUCAGAGUGAAAUUUCUGAAAGUGUCAAUCCUCUUCUACCACCCUUUCAGUCAUUGGUGGGUAUGGAAAAAUUAGAAUCAUCAGAAACCAGUACCGAGACACAUUCCUUGGAAGAAGAUGAAAAUGUUGGGAUAGAGUUUUCGGUACAUGCAGCUGAAGCAUCACAGGCGCUUAGCAGUGUAGAUAAGGAAUCAACAAAAGGAAUAGAUCCUGAUGGGUCACGAUGGUGGAAGGAGACGGGAAUUGAGCAGAGACCGGAUGGAGUGAUUUGCAGGUGGACACUAACGAGGGGAGUUAGUGCAGAUCUAGCCACUGAGUGGCAGAACAAAUAUUGGGAAGCUGCUGAUGAGUUUGGCUAUAAGGAACUUGGUUCAGAGAAAUCUGGUCGUGAUGCUUAUGGAAAUGUUUGGCGUGAAUAUUGGAGAGAAUCUAUGCGGCAGGAGCAAGGCCUUGUUCACCUUGAAAAAACUGCAGACAAGUGGGGGAUAAAUGGAAGUGGCACUGAGUGGCAAGAGAAAUGGUGGGAAUACUAUAAUACCUCUGGUCAAGCUGAAAAAAAUGCUCAUAAAUGGUGUAAAAUAGAUCCGAACACAUAUGUUGAUCCUGGUCAUGCUCAUAUCUGGAAUGAAAGAUGGGGUGAAAAGUAUGAUGGACAAGGUGGCAGCAUUAAGUACACAGAUAAAUGGGCUGAACGAUGUGAAGGUGAUGGAUGGACGAAGUGGGGUGACAAAUGGGAUGAAAACUUUGAUCCGAAUGGUCAUGGCGUCAAACAGGGGGAAACUUGGUGGGAAGGUAAACAUGGAGAACGGUGGAACCGUACAUGGGGGGAGGGCCACAAUGGUUCGGGCUGGGUUCACAAGUAUGGAAAGAGCAGCAGUGGGGAGCAUUGGGACACACAUGCCCAGCAAGAAACCUGGUAUGAGAGAUUUCCACACUUUGGCUUUUAUCACUGCUUCAACAAUUCAGUCCAGCUCCGGGAAGUUCAGAAACCAUCCGAGACGGCUUCGUAAGUCUUCUUUUUCUUACUGCCAAAUGAAUAUAAAAGCUUGCAGUAUAGAAUGCUUUAAAGAAAAUAGAAUGCUUUUUCAGGAUUGAUACCGUUUUCCUGGCAUUGUACAUGUAAUAAAGAAAACUGCACAACAUAUUCCUAGACAUUGAUAAUAGGAAACCUUUUAGAUCAAUAAAUUAGAUUUCUUUCUUUC